AUGGAAGCUAGCGCAUUCGACACGCCCUGGUUCCUGCUGCCGAUCCCGAUCAUCCUGCUUGUCAUCGCCAUCGUGCUCAUCACGCGGCGCUGCAGCACCCGGAAUCGCAAGAAACGCCAGCGCCGCUUCAUUCUGCGUAACGUCACACCACACUCGUCAUCACCGAUAAGGAGCGUGCCAAGGAGCGCCGCCCCAGCCGCGCGCACUUUCUCGCCAGCAAGUUCAGCAGGGUCACCAGCAUACCCAGUACCGCCUACGGCGGCACCGGUGGAGCGGUUCGCACCAGCGCCAGCAUCCGCCCCCAUCCUUCCUUCAGCGAGACGCUGGCGCUGUCAGGGUCCGGCGCGGUACAUGCAGGCUGAAUACUCCUCCGCCAGCCGCAGGGCGACCUGUAUCGCAUCGAUGCUGCGUCACGGCGGCACAGCGGGCUUAACAGCAGGCGUCAACGCUGGGCCGAUCAGCAGCAAUAGCAGCAGCUACCGGUGCUGCAGACCCGCGCACCGAUCAACCCGCGCAAGCCGCGCCUAA